CAGCAGCGCCGCCUGAAGCACCGGUGCUGCGGGACGGAGCCCGGAGCCUAGAGGCGGCGGCGGCGGCGGCGGGGAAGCCGGCCAGAGACGAGUCCUGUCCCGUCCUGUCCUCCGCACGGCUGGCGGCAGAGCAGAGACCGUUGUCUUGGGACCAUUCGUAAGAAAGAGACACCCACGCCGUGACAUAUGCCAGUGCCGCCACCUCCUCCUCCUCCUCCUCUGCCUCCACCUCCCCCGCCUCUGGGGGCUCCUCCCCCUCCCCCACCAUCAGCACCCCCGGUAAGUGCAGAUGCUUCCAGCUUGAGAAAGGCAGAUCCCAAAGGUCGGAGUGCACUGUUGGCUGAUAUCCAGCAAGGAACUCGCCUCCGAAAAGUCACGCAGAUCAAUGACCGCAGUGCCCCGCAGAUUGAGGGUUCUAAAGGAACCAACAAAGAGGGAGGAGGUCCUGCAAAUUCUCGAGGUGGGAGCACACCUCCAGCCCUGGGAGAUCUGUUUGCUGGUGGCUUUCCAGUUUUACGACCGGCAGGCCAGAGGGAUGCAGCAGGUGGCAAGACAGGCCAGGGCCCUGGCUCCCGAGCGCCUUCCCCACGGCUUCCCACCAAGAUUCUCAGCGGCCCGUUCAACCCCCCAGCGUCUCCCAGGCUAGGCAACGCCUCUGAGGGGCACGGCGCGGCCAGGGCGGUCCCUCCUCGCCCCAGCAUGCCCGCCCCACCUCCCCCCACGCCGCCCCCACCGCCCCCGCCCCCACCCCUGCCCCCGUCCUCCCCUGUCAAAGCUCCGCUGGUGUCCCCACCCGGCCCACCGACCAAAGGGAGCCCCCCGGUGGUUCCACCGCCUCUGCUCUGCACACCGCCCCCGCCGCCCCCGCCGCCUCCGCCGCCCCCGGCCUUGGGUCCCAGUGACAAGGCAGCAAAGCCUCAGCUAGCCCCCUUGCACCUACCGCCCAUCCCGCCCCCGCUCCCGCUCCUCCCUCCUUGUGGGCACCCCGGGCUCAACGCGGAGGCUGCCAGCCCGGCCCAAGAUGUGCGAGAGCCUCCCGCCCCGCCGCCCCCGCCUCCUCCACUCCCCCUUUACGCCUCAUGCACCCCCAGAUCCUCUUUGCCUGCGCCCCCUUUGCCAAGUGCUAACAGCAGCUGUGAAGUCCCACCCCCGCUGCCCCCCAAGUCCCCCAGCUUCCAGGCCCAGCCACCCAAGCCCAGCGGGCAGGCCUUGCCGGCGCCGCCCGCCCCUCCGGGAUCUCAGCCGUUCCUGCAGAAGAAGAGGCCUGGCCGAGGCCCCGGAGCCAGUGGGGGAAAACUCAACCCACCCCCAGCACCCCCUGCGAGGUCACCCACCACUGAGCUUUCCAGCAGGAGCCAGCAGGCCCCAGCCUGGACCCCGACCCAGCAGCCUGGAGGUCAGCUGCGGAAUGGAAACCUGAACAUCACUGAUGACUUUGAAUCUAAAUUCACGUUCCAUUCCAUGGAAGAUUUUCCUCCUCCGGAUGAGUAUAAAGCAUGCCAGAAGAUUUACCCCAGCAAGAUCCCCAGAAGCCGCACACCUGGUCCCUGGCUCCACGCCGAGGCGGGCGGGCAGAGCUCUGAUGACAUCAAAGGCAGAAACGCUCAGUUAGCCCUUAAGACACUCCGGUGAGAAGACGGAUGAAGCCAGCGUCCCGUGGGCCAUCUGGAAGUCCACAUGGCAGGGUGGGCAUCCCCAGAAGGACCUCAGGCCUCACCACUCUCAAGUCGUAGUUCAGCUGACACACGGGCUCUGAAUGGAGCGUUUAUUUAUUGUAAAUACGUGUUUUGCACAGGCUUUAAAUCAGUAUUAUAGUUGACUAUUAUCUGAAUAAUUUAAAACACACAGACAUUAUUUCUCCAUUUCUUAAAGUGCACCUUGGCACAGGUGACAGCCUUGUCCCGCCGCAUAGUGUCCAUUCCAUGACUGUAAAUACAUCUGCAGGCUGGCCCUCCCUAGACUCGGAACAGUUUUUAGAAGAUUCCUUAGUUUCCCAAAGUCAUAGUAUCCACAACGGCUUCUUAUUGGCAUGAUUUUUCUAGUCUCAUCACACAAACUGCAAAAUCAAACCAGGUAAUGCCUUAUGAACGACGCGGCUCCCUGAGAGUAGCGUGUCCCUCACACAGAUGCCGCCACAUGGCCCCCGGUGGACGAGACGCCGCGUCCCGCUCCCGUCCUGCAGUACAAGGAUUCUUUUGCUGCCUCAUGUAAAUAUAACACAGAUCAAAAGCAAGAGUGGCCUCAGUCCCUCCAAGGCUGACCACAGGGCCCCUUGUGUAACUGAACAGUCCUGCAAGUAGCCAACGCUCUUACUGUUUACACUGCCCCUCAUGUGCAUGUUUCUGCAGUGGUCCUUCCUGUCCCUCUGAGCCCUCAUCCUGGCAGCCAGGGUGAGGUGAGCUGAAGGAGAUUUCAGUAUGUUCCCUGCAAAUUAGAAACCUGCAUAAGUCAUCAUUAAUUCUGUCUCAGAGAGCUUUUCUUUUUCCUCCCCCCCGAGUGCAGGGUUUAUCAUGGAAAGCAUGACAUGAAAAAGUAUAGACUAAAACAUAUUCUGAAAUACCUGCCUCAAAUAUCAAGUGUCCCCCGCCCACCCUUAGGGAACCUGGAUCCACCCAUCAGGCAAAUGUUAGCGCCCUUCUGAGCUGGUCUGAGGGUCCCCCAGUCCCUGUGGUGGCACCCCUCUAGAGGGGAGAAGUGUAUGGUUCAGCUAGCCCUGAGUAUGGAUGGGUCGGGACUGGCUGUGACCUGUGGCCGCUCCUCUCGUGCCCUUUUUCUGGGGCUGGCAAGGGAAUGAAAGUGUGUUUUUGCUUGCUGCCUGACCUCAUCCUUGGAGGGAAAGCUGUGACUGAGGAAGGAGAAAAACAGAAAGAAGCAAAUUGACCCCUCAUCUGUGCUCAAAAUAGCUGCAGAUUAAAGGAAAUCCAGGAGAGGUGGAAAGAAAACAGUGAAAAAUGUUUCCUUUGAAACAGCCCACUCAUGCCCUCACACCUUGAGGAUGUAAUGCCCAGAACAUGCCAUGCGCAGAAGGCAGACCGUUAGUGGGGUUUUGGCAAACAUGUGACUGCAUCCACCACCUCCUGUCUGGAAUGGAGACUGACCCUGACGUGGUAUCCACCAUCAUUGCAUACUUUCCCAUUCCAAACAGAAGCCACUGAGAAAAUGUCAAGUUCCCUUCCCUGGGGAAUAAAUCACGUCCAACUGUAACAGCUAAAUCAAUGAAAAAGAAGCUUUUGCAGGUCAUCAGCUGUGCGUAUAGCUGAUCUGUCUUACUGGUUCUGCAAGGUUUCCAAAAGGUCAGAACUUUUUUUAUAUAACACUGUCCACUCCACCUCUCUCCCAGUUGUACAAAAUAAUUACAAGGGUUUUUUAACAAUCAUGAUUAAGAAGGCGCUAGACCAAAACCAUUCCACCUUUGGAGUAGACUGCCUGCCCCGAUGAGGUGUUUACACACUGAUGUUCUGUACCACUGGGAUAGAAAUUCAAAAUACAACUAUUCAAGGUCAGAGGGAAGAAAUGUGCAGAAACCAAAAAUUGCAAUUAGGGAAAAAUCUCAGGAAUCUAGCAUCACAUCUCUACUCCAGACCCAGCACUGAAUUCCUGCCCUUUGAACUCUUGCGGCAGGACAAAUACUUCACCUCUGGACCACAAACUCAAACAGAGUGCCCCUCCCAUCCUCGAGUAAUCUCCCCAGCGCUGCGGUCUGUGACUCUCCCAGUGUUUCCCAUGUAUUUUAUACUUAUUGAUCUUCCCUCUGCAGAUUCAUUUCUUUUAUUAAUAAACUUUAAUAAGUGGGAA